AUGUAUUUUGUAAUAUUGUUUGUAAUUGCUGUUCUACAAGCAUUUCACUACGCGAACAGCGAAGAUUUUGGCUACGAUGGAGUUAUAGGUCCAGUGCACUGGGGUGAACGGUACCAGGAGUGCAGAGGCAAGCACCAGAGUCCUAUCGACAUCAAUGUGCUGCGCGUCAAGCAAGUCGCUCUGCCGGACAUUACCUUCAUUGGCUUCGACGACUCUAUCGACGAUGUACACGUCACUAACAAUGGACAUACCGUGUUAAUCGAAGUGGAGAAUGAACCGCACCCACGUGUCAGUGGCGGUCCUCUCGACGGUGACUACAUCUUCAGCCAGAUGCAUUUCCACUGGGGCGAUAACGAUACAUUCGGUUCUGAAGACAAAAUAAAUCAUAGAAGUUUCCCUAUGGAGCUUCAUAUGGUUUUCUUCAAAGAGGAAUACAAAACUCCCCACGAUGCGGUGCGACAUUCGGACGGCCUCGCGGUGCUCGCCUUCUUUUAUGAGUUAGAUCGUCAUCAACACCCAGCCUACGAUGACAUAACAUCAGCGUUAUCAAACGUCACAGAACCUCAUACGAGUGUGGUAAUGAACCAUCCCUUCUCGUUCCUCAACAUACUGCCUUACGAUUUGAACCGCUACUUCACGUACAGAGGAUCUCUGACUACCCCACCUUGUUCCGAAGUCGUCAUAUGGCUUGACUUUGAGCAGCCCGUGAGGUUGGCUCAUGACCAGAUAGAAGUAUUCAGGGAGCUGCGAUCAGCAACUGGGAAAAUUCGACACAAUUUCCGUCCUAUACAACCGAUAGGCGAUCGCGUUGUUUUUUACAACAUAGAUAAUAAAUAUUUCAGUUACAAUGAAGUAGACGAUCCCGAUGAAGAUAUUCCAAAAAGAAAAAUAGGCCACAGUAACAGUUAUGGAUUAGUUAGCAGCGUAUAUACUAUACUUAGUUUAAUUAUAAUUACUGUAAGUUUAUUUUAAGGUAGAUAAUAAAAACCGAUAGUACUUAUAACGUUACUGCUAAUAAGAAUUUUUUUAAUCGAAUAACCUUCUUGUUACGGAAUUAGUUAAUUUUAUAAAAAAAAAAUUGUGUGAUGUAACCUGUGAUAUUAUGUACAUUUGAAAAUAGACAUUAGAAUUGUAGAAAUUUAUAUAAAACGUAUCAUAAUAAUGUAAAGAUCAGUACAAAAUACCUAAAUAAAGUUAUUAAAUACAAAUAAAAAAAAGAAUCUUGACUGUUGACAUGGUACAAUGAAAAUCAAACUGAAAGGUUACCGUUUCAUUUUUGUAAUGGCAGUAAAAAAAGAAAUCUUUUGUCAAUAUUGCCUGAUUGAAGAUGCGAUUUAAUACAGGGAUAUAUGAAUUAAAACUAAUUUUGUAAACCUUAAAAUUAUUAUAUUAUGUAAAAAAUAAUCUGUAAUUUGUGUUUCAUUCAUUACUGUACAAGAAAUACAAUGAUUGUUCAGUCCACAUACAUUUCUAUCAUACAAUCAUAUUAAUACAUACAUCUAUUAAAAAAUUUACUCUCAAGAAAAUUGUAGAGAUUAUAAAAUUUUACUUUUCAAUUCAUACACUUAUAUUGUUUAAGAUU